AUUUCCGCUUCCGUUAAGGGCCGGAAGUUAGCGUCUCCUGGGUGAAGCAGCCUUGGCUGAGAGGCAGGGUUGGUACAAGUUUCAUCCCCUCUGCAGUUAUGGGACGAAGGAAGUCUAAACGGAAGCCACCCCCCAAGAAGAAGAUGACAGGCACCUUGGAGACUCAGUUUACCUGCCCUUUCUGCAACCACGAGAAGUCUUGUGAUGUGAAAAUGGACCGGGCUCGAAACACUGGAGUCAUCUCCUGUACCGUGUGCCUAGAGGAAUUCCAGACACCCAUCACAUACCUGUCAGAACCCGUGGAUGUGUACAGCGACUGGAUAGACGCCUGCGAGGCAGCCAAUCAGUAGCGAUGUCACGGACCUGCUCCCCCGAAGCCCCCACUCUGGCUACUGAUCCAGAGACAUUCCUGGGCUCCAGGGUGUAGGUCCAGCGCCGGGCCAGCCCUCCCUCUGUGUGUGUGGAGUGGUGUGAAUGAGUAUCUGCACACAUGGCUGCAGAUGUGACUGCCGGGAUGGAGAAGAGUGAUUGCUGUGUCUCACCAUGCAGUCCAGGAUUCCUCACAGAACCCUAUGCCUCAAGUGACUGAAAGCCUUCGAGUGCUCCCUUCUCCAGCCCACUGUCUUCUCCGGUGACGGUCCCUGACAUCCCAGUCAGGGGAUAGCUGUAGGAUCUCCAAUCACCUCAGCCACCUCACCAGCACCUUGCCCUUGAGGAACUGGACUUUCUCUCCUUCCCAGCCUCCUAGUGCUUGUGGUCUACCCAGGUCCCUUGGCUGGGAUUUGCUGGGGCACACCAUUUUUCUUGUUUGCCUUUGUAGAAAAGGUGUAGGGGCUUAUUUGGAAUACAGCUGUCCCUCAUGAGCCUGUCAAUAAAGCAGCCAGUGUGUA